GCUGUUUCUCAGGAUAUGAGAGCUCUGCCACUCUCAGAUUCCUUUGCCUUGUAUGGCUCUAGACGCGCCCGACUGCGGGAGUUUGACCUUAUUGGCCGAAUUAGGAACAGGGAGGUGUGGAGAAAGUCUGAAAAUCCAAACAAACUUCCCUUCAGUCUAAGGAACAAACCCAACACAGUCGCACAUUCUCAACCUGUUUCAACAGAAAAACAAGAAAUAAACCCUGAGGUCAAGAUGUCUGCUGCCAAGCGUGCCAAGGGAAAGACCACAAAGAAACGCCCGCAGAGGGCCACUUCCAACGUGUUUGCCAUGUUUGACCAAUCACAGAUCCAGGAGUUUAAAGAAGCCUUCAAUAUGAUUGAUCAGAACAGAGAUGGUUUUAUUGAUAAAGAGGAUCUACAUGAUAUGCUGGCAUCUCUUGGAAAGAACCCAUCUGACGAGUAUCUGGAGGGUAUGAUGAGUGAAGCUCCAGGGCCCAUCAACUUCACAAUGUUCCUCACCAUGUUUGGAGAACGUCUAAAUGGAACCGACCCUGAAGAUGUCAUACGAAACGCCUUCACAUGCUUUGACGAGGAAGCUUCCGGGUUCAUUCAUGAAGACCACCUCCGUGAGCUGUUGACCACCAUGGGCGAUCGUUUCACAGAUGAAGAAGUGGACGAACUGUUACGUGAGGCACCAAUCGACAAGAAAGGAAACUUCAACUAUGUUGAGUUCACUCGAAUCCUCAAACACGGAGCUAAGGACAAAGACGACAUGUAAAAGCGUCUUAUUACACAGAUGUACAUUCUUUACACAUACUACAUGUCUACUGAUAUUGAUCACAAAAUACUUUGAAUCUCAUCCAAUAGUUCAGUGUUACAUUUAGCUAUAUUUUAACUCUGUUGGUCUUUCCAGCUAAAAUCGGUAAAGUUAUUAUGAUUAAACCCAUUUAUGAAGUCUUAAAACAUAAUAUGAAGUGAAGGAAACAUAAUUGAAAGAAAUUAAGAUUUCACAAGGCCUCAUCUCCAGAAUCUCCACAAAGUAUAAUAAAGAAAUAAAGACCUUGUACUUUUUGUGAAAGGCCUGUACAUUUCAGAAUAGGUUUGUUAGCAUUUGCAAAAACCAUUAAAAAAAUAUUUUAAAGAUUUACACAUUUUACUUUCAUAACAAAAUUCAAAUUGAAUUGUGUAAUGUUUAACAAAAUUAAAUCAAAACUUAAAAUAUUUAGUUUUUUAUAUAUUUUGUAUUAAUGAUUACUCAAUUUAAUUUGAUAGAAUUAUAUUAUGAAAUUGAAAUGCAUUCAUUUGUUUCUUUUUUUUUUUUUUUUUUUUUUUUUGAUUGUUCUGCAAAUGGCACCUCUGGUAUACAAUCACAAUUUUAAAAUAAAUAUUUUUUUCCAUUCGA